CCGUCGUCGCGUUGAGGCAGAGGCGAACAGUGACAGCGCCGACCAAGACUCAGCAGUAGACCCGCCGCCACCCCUCAAGUCGAAGGAACCCCGCCACCUACACACGAUGGAUAAGGCUUUGCUGACCCGUGCCACUAGUAAAGAUGACACACCGACGCCGGGUUAUCUCUACGGAGAGAUCGCGCGCAUGACGCAGCACAGCUAUGACACGUGCACCAAGGUGCAAGAUUUUCUCAUCUCCCGCGUCAAGAACAAACAUCACAACAUCAAAUACAAGGCGCUACAGGUCAUCAAGCACGUGUGUCGCGAGGGCCGCGUCGACUUUAAGCGCGAAAUGCAGAAGCACAUCCCCACCAUCAAGGAGUGUCUGCAGUUCCGCGGCGUUCCCGACCCGCUCAAGGGCGACGAGUACUACCGUCGCGUUCGGGAAGCGGCCAAGGAGGUGCUGGACGCCAUUUAUGACACAGACAAUGCGCCGGGACUAGGCGGUAUGGGCAUGUCGGCCCGUAUCCAAGGCGUGGGUGCAAACCCUAAUGACAACGGAGGUGGUGGCUCUGGCUGGAGCUCCAAAAUCUGGGGCGGUAAAAACUCGAACGACAGCUCACUGCCGCCUCCGCCGAUGGCCGGCCCGCCGAUGGGUGGAUACAAUGGAGCUGCUCCCCCUGGAGCUCCGUACGGAUACCCCACAGACCCUAAUCAGGGAAGUUAUGGUGGGCCACAGCCUUACGGAGGUCCACAGCCUUAUGGCCAACAACAGCCUGAUUUCUCUCAGCAAGGAUCGUACGGUGGCCCAGGCGGUGCUAACCCGCCGUAUGGAGGAGCCCCACCGAACCAAUAUGGAGGUGCGCCACCUCCGUUUAACGACCAGAAGUUCUCUGGCAUUGGCAACCCCAUGUACCAGGACCCACGUGCAGAUGAGAAGGGAUUCUUUAAGGGACUCAAGGAGAAGGUGGCGUCCAAGUACAACAAGUCGGAGAAACCCACUUUUGGUGGUGGCCCGCCUGGAUCCUCGAACCCGCCCGAUGGCUGGAGCUUUGCUACGAACCGUGGACCUACCAGCGGAAACUACGGCCCGAGUCCUGCGCCGUAUAACCCGGAGGAACCCUAUCGCCCGACUGGAUUCACUGGAGGAGGUUACCGACCUGGUGGCUACGGACAGGACCCACGGGAAUCUGCUAGCUCGCAACUACGCGAGAAAUCUUAUGACGGCGACCGUAAGAAAGGUCGUGUUGGAGGCGCAUGGAGCGAUGCUGAUGUGCCGUCCGCUGGGAAUCCGGCUGGAAUGCCACAAAACAGCGGCCACGAGAACCGGACGCAGAGCUUUAAUGGCAGCACACGUGACUCUCGCUCGUACUCGCGCAAUUCAGAUUACGACUACGAUGACAACAAGCGUCGCGAGCCUUCUCAGACCCCGAGACCGUUCCCACAGGCUCCCGUACUCACAGGCCAGACGUCAGGUGCACAGUCGGAUGGAUCGUAUGAGCGCAACCUGGUCACAGCUCUGUGUGCUCCUGGUGGUAUGCGUGCUAUCCCUCCUAAGGACAAGAUGGACGCGUUCUUGAAGAGCGCAAUUACUCUGGAUGCCGAAAUUGUCGGUCCGAUUCUAGAAGAUUGUUUGUCCGAUGACCAAUGGACAGUUGUAUCGAAAGCGCUGGCGACGAUUGACGCGCUGCUGAAGACCGACGGAUGUGAGGAGUUUGAAGAAUAUUUCAGUGAAAACUCGAGCGAGGUCGAGUCUUGCACGAAGUCAGACAAGGCUGCAGUGCGUGAUCGUGCCGUAAAGGUCUUGAACCACUUGGGUAUUUCUGCUGGCCUUGGAGCCUCCACGUCUAGCCGUGAGUCGUCCAAGAAGAGCAAAUCAACUAGUCACAGGAAGCAGCCAGCUGCGGAGGCUGAUCUCUUGGGAGGGUUUGAUGACACUCCUCCCACUGAUGACAAUGACUCGCUCUUUUCGGGACUGCAGACAAACGCUCCUCAGCAAUCAGUACAGGAAGUUUCACAACCUGCUCCGUCGACGAACGAUGUGACGGAUAUGUUUGGCGGAUUGCAGCUCCAGAGUAGCACAGCAAGCACAGCCUCAAUCCCUGAGCCGUCUCAAGCACCUGCUCCUGUUCCUGCCACCCCCGCAGCUCCAGCUUCUGCGCCGUCAGUGAACAAGACGAUGGUAUUGGACCCUCUUCUUGAACCUGUUCCAGCAGCGCCUGCGAUGAACCAGGGGUAUGGUGGUCCCGUGAACAUGAACAUGAACAUGAUGAACUUCAGCACACCGCAGCAGAUGGCGCAGAUGCAGCAGAUGCAACAGAUGCAGUACAUGCAGCAAAUGCAGCAAAUGCAGUACAUGCAGCAAAUGCAGAUGCAGCAGAUGCAAGGCAUGGGCGGAAACUCAGGCUCUCAGGUGAUUGGAGCUGCGAUGACACCCACGGGUUACAUUGCCAAGACGAUUCAGGAACCGACGGAUGGUCUGGCGUCCGACUCGGGAUUCGGAUUCAUGAAGAAGAAAGACGACUCGUUCAACUUUGUCGAGGAUGCCAUGAAGAACAGUUAGGUGGCGACGCGUGUAUAGUACACCCUGAACUUGCUUCAACGGAUGUAGGAGAAGCGGGGAUCGACGUCAUAUCUACAAUGAACAGGAAACCAGGACUCCGAGUGCAAGACCUGACUGCUUGAACGUUGCAAUCGUAUCUGUAGAGCCUCACCGCAUACGUAGAUGAUAGAACGCCGAAGGGGAAAAAGGAAUACAGAAGUGUCUUGAGCUGUGUAC